AUGCCAAGCAGGUCGAUAUGGAGGGUGAGAGGGCAUACUGGAUAUCAUAGAAGACAACAGCAGGAUAAGACAACUGAAAAGGUUGAGCAUCACUUUGUCAAAGUUUUGGGGAAGAGUAUCUAUAGCCUUCAGAACCAGAUGCAGCAGGGAAUCAAGGGUUCAAUAGUUGCGAGAAUGACAGUCCAGAAAGAGGCUUCAGCCAGCAAAGUUAGAGAGCACAUUGCUGUAUACCAGGAUCCAAGAUACCAAGGCCACCCUGCAGUUGGAGCAAGCAGAGAGUGUCAAAAGCAAUGGGAGGAAAAGAGUUGA